CGGCGCCGUCGCGGCCCACAAGUGGCGGUCGCGGCUCGCAGCGGUCAGUUGGCGGCGGGGCCGGGCGCUGUGUGUCUGCUCCGGGUUCUCUCCGCGCCCCCGCCCCCGCUCCCGCUCCGAGGCGCCCCGCGGCCUGGCGCGCAGACCCUGAGCGGCCACAGCCUCCCUCCGGAGCAAUGGCGCAGAGCGGGGCCCCCGGGCUGCAGGAGGAGAACCUGCAGGGGUCUUGGGUGGAGCUGCACUUCAGCAGUAACGGGAGUGGGAGCGGCGGCCCAGCCUCGGUGUCUGUUUACAACGGUGACCUGGAGAAGAUCCUGCUGGAUGCCCAGCACGAAUCUGGCCGGAGCAGCUCUAAGAGCUCGCACUGCGACAGCCCACCUCGCCCACAGACACCCCAAGAUGUUAACAGAGCUUCUGAAACAGACACCCAGAGCAUUGGGGAGAAGAACAGCUCUCAGUCUGAGGAAGAUUAUAUUGAGAGAAGGAAAGAAGUCGAAAGCAUCUUGAGGAAAAACUCCGAUUGGAUAUGGGAUUGGUCGAGUCGGCCAGAAAACAUCCCCCCCAAGGAGUUCCUGUUCAAGCACCCACGGCGCACGGCCACUCUCAGCAUGCGGAACACGAGCGUGAUGAAGAAGGGGGGCAUCUUCUCAGCAGAGUUCUUGAAGGUUUUCCUUCCGUCCCUGCUGCUCUCUCACCUGCUGGCCAUAGGGUUGGGGAUCUAUAUCGGAAGGCGCCUGACCACCUCCACCAGCACUUUUUGAUGAAGAGUUGGAGUGUGACUUCAUUCACGUCCUGGGGAUUUGUAUCUGAGCUUGUGACCAUCUAACUGAAGACAGACCUUCACCCUUGGGUGGCUGCACGAUUGGCGUUUGUUUGUUCUGUAAAUGCUGCGUUCCUAACUUAGUGAAGUGAAAGGAUAGACACUAAACCCAUGCUAACCUGCGAUCAGACCUCUGGGAUUGAGUAAGCAGGGCAGACAGAUUAUACCGACUGUGAUAUUUGUGAGUCAGUUUCUUUGGAAUUGACAAAUAUUUAAGUAUAAACAACUUUAAUACCCUGGUCACGAUAUGUGUAGUACUUUAACAAAAAUCAUCUGUAUACUUAAUUCAGUUAAGACAUUUAUAUUUCAAAAGAAUUAAUGUUGAUAUUACAUUAAGGGGAUACUCCAAAAUAAAUUUCAUGGCCUUAUAUCCUUCACUAUUGUAGAAACAUUGUGCUCAAUUUAAACGGGUGCGGGUUGUCUCCUAAAACUACACUUACGUGCUCGUAGUUCUCUAAGUCAGGAACGAGAGCCCAGGCGCAGGCAAACCCUGGAGCAGGGUGACCCCAGCCCCGGCAGUCCAGCAGCUGCCUCGGGCCAUCCCUUUUCUGUCGGAGGCCCCUUCUCACUGUUUUCCUCUUCAUCAGUGUAGACUGCUGGAUUUGACUUCUGUGUGUGUGCUCUUAAAAGAAUGGGAGUAGAAAAAAUAAAUCUUUGCUAAAAGUCAAA